UCUUUUUUGUUGGGUCUGCAACUCCAUCUUGUGGCACUUCAUCAAUACAAAAAGAGGCAAUGUACUCAUCUAGUAUUUGUAAUGUCGUGUGUUGUUCUAUAUUAAAGAUUCUAUUUAAGGUGUUUAUCUGAGUGCAAGCGUAGUAAUUAAAUACUAAUUGUACUAUGGAGUCAACGUCAAUACCGCAUUCGUGCAGCAUAGUGAGUCAACCACGUGCCUCUUCUUUCUCUGAGUCAUCCAUAUCGACUCCUAACUCCUAAGAACUAAGAUAAUUUGAUUUCUAGUAACACACCUUGCCUUCAUUUCAUUCUUUUAUAAUUGGAACAUGGAAGCCUGCUUAUGCUGUUAUGAACCAAUUAUCAAUCUAUCAUCAUCAUCAUUGACUCAAUCACAAUCAGUAAUCAAUAGUCCAUAGACCCUACACCACCUCCCAAAGGAAUAUUAUAUUCAAGAUAGCAAUUAGCACAAGUCAGUGGCGUUUACUGACUUAUUGCCAUUCUUAUCCUCUUCCCACAACUCCAGAAUUCAAUUUAGCCUUCUUCACACCUUCCAUCUCAAUGUUACACACACAAAUACAAAAACAAUAAUCAUACAUAAAAUAUACACAUCAUCAAGCUGAAACCGAUGGCUACUAUCAUUACAGUUUCUCUAUUAAUUAUCUCCCUUUCAUUCUUCUCCAUAUCCAGUGCAAAAAUCUCAGGUCAACCUGGAAUCAACUACGGUCAAUUGGGCAACAAUCUUCCACCUCCAAAAACCUCAAUAAACCUAAUCAAAUCCCUAAAAGCCAAACGCGUCAAAAUCUAUGAUACGAAUCCAUUGAUCCUAAAAUCCCUAGAAAACACGAACCUCCAAGUCUCAAUCAUGGUGCCAAACGAACUCGUCUCAAAAAUCUCAACAAACCAAACACUCUCAGACCAAUGGGUCCAAUCCAACGUCGCACCCUUCUACCACAAAACCCUAAUCCGAUACCUCCUCGUCGGAAACGAACUCAUCAGCUCCACGUCACCUGACACGUGGCACCACAUCGUUCCCGCGAUGCAGAGGAUCAAAACCUCCCUAACAACGUUCCGUUUGCACAAGGUGAAGGUUGGAACGCCCUGUGCCAUGGACGUGCUGGAAUCGUCGUUUCCACCUUCAAAUGGCACAUUCAGAAACGACAUUGCGUUUCGCGUCAUGAAGCCUAUGCUGAAAUUUUUAUCCAAAACCAAAUCGUUUUUCUUCUUGGAUGUGUACCCGUUUUUCGCGUGGUCCUCGGACCCUAAAAACAUUGACCUUAAUUACGCGCUAUUUGAGUCCAAGAACAUAACGGUAACGGACUCGGGUACGGGUUUGGUUUACCAUAAUUUGUUUGAUCAGAUGGUGGACGCGGUUUAUUUUGCAAUGAACCGGAUCGGGUAUCCGGAUAUUCGGAUCUUUAUUGCUGAAACGGGUUGGCCCAACGGAGGAAACUUGGACCAAAUUGGAGCGAAUGUUCACAAUGCUGCUACGUAUAACCGGAAUUUUGUGAAGAAAGUGACGAAAAAACCGACGGUUGGGACUCCGGCUCGACCGGGUUGGAGUCUUCCAUCGUUUAUAUUUGCGUUGUUUAACGAGAAUUUAAAACCAGGAUUAGGCACAGAACGUCAUUUUGGGUUAUUGUAUCCGAAUGGAUCUGGAAUUUACGAAAUUGACCUUUCUGGAAAGACGCCGGAGUCAGAAUUUCCAGCGCUGCCGCCGGCGGAGGAUUACAAAGGGAAGGCGUGGUGUGUGGUGGCGGAGGGAGCGAACGUGACCUUAGUAGCGGCGGCGCUAUCAUACGCUUGCUCCCAAGGGAACGGAACCUGUGAUCCGAUCCAACGUGGACAAUUAUGUUUUGAACCGAACAGUGUAGUUGGGCAUGCUAACUAUGCGUUUAGUUCUUAUUGGGCACAGUUCAGGUCUAUUGGUGGAACUUGUUAUUUCAACGGUUUAGCUGAAGCUACCUCAAAGGAUCCAAGUUAUGGAUCUUGCAAGUUUCCAAGUGUGAUUCUUUGAAGAAGUGACGAGUCAAUUAAUGCCAAUCAAAUGAAAAAUUGGCCAUGAGAAAAAGAUAAAUAAAAUAAAAUACAUUAGCAAAUGAUAGUAUAUGGAAUCAUGACCUAUUUUCUGUUCCAUUUAUUGGAGCCUUAUCUUUUGAUAUAUGUAUGUUUUUCUAAGCAAAUUAUAUAUUUUUCUAAUAAAAUUAUUAUAUCAAUGGGAGAGUAGUAUCAAUCUUAUAUGAGAAUGAGAUGCAUAUGGAAUUUACUCCAAACUCCAUAAAAUCCACACCAUAAUAUCAAUUACUUUCUGUUGUUACUAUUCUCAAGCUAAUUUCAUGGAGGAAAAAAAGAUAAACGAAGCACUUCUAAGACAUUUCAAAACUUCAAUUUUUCUAGCAUCAUCACUUGAAAUUUUAAUUCGCAACCCUAACAACAAUAAGAAAUCUAGAAUAGAAAACGAUUUGGUUUCUUAUAAAAUAUUCAAGGCAUGCAACAACAACCUUCAUUUAUUGGCACCUGAACCUUUUGUUCAAGCUUCAAUUUUUUGUCACUACUGAGACAGAGGAAGAUGACGAAGGCAAAAAGAAGGAAGAGAAAAAAUAAAGAAAAUUUAGAGGAAAUAUGGAUGCAAAAAAGAAAUAUGAGCAGCGAGAAGGGAAGGAGACGGUGGCCUCUGUUUUCUUUAAAGGUCAAUAGACCUCUUACACAUAUAUUGAUAUAUAAUCUUCUAUGUUGAAAUAUUAUUUUGGUUUCUCAAAAGUCCUUGUAGUAUUUUAGUUAAAUAACAUUAGCGUAAUGCACGAAUAUUCAAGAAUAACAGAACAAGUAUUGAGGUAAUCCACACAAGGACGGUGUUGAGCUACACAGAAUGGCGUGGUUGUGAUCUUGGGGUAGGCUGAGAGCAGCACUGGAGAUGCUAGGGGUUGAUGGCUUUGUGGGUUGAUUUUUAUGUUUAUUUUUUGCUUUUCUAUGCUCCACUUUAACGUGUUGAACUUUCUUUGUUUCAAAAAAAAAAACAUUAGCGUGUGUUUAGAAGGGAUA